GUUGUUUGGUUCUUUAUGGUGCUUUUUGCCAUCACAGUAUUUGUAGUGGCUUGGCGAAGCACAUUUGUACCUGCAAAUGACUAUCAUGUAUGGCUUGUUCAAAUGCAAAUUUAUCCUAGUAGGCGUAUUUUCCAAGUUCUACAGUUUGAUCGUCAUGCAUUCGUCGUAAUCGACAAUCGUUAUCCUUUACAUUUAGAAAUUUCAAAUCUAAAUGUUAGAUACAGUUAUAGAAGUAUAGUUGAUCUGAUACCAACAAGUAUUCGAAAUAUGCUAGAAAAUUAUUUUGGACAUUUACAUUCUGCAUUAAGUGGCAAUGAAGAAAGAUCACAUAUUACUCAGGCACCAGUUUCGUCACAUUCGCAGGGAAGUAAUGAAACAGAAAGAACCUUUGAACAGAUGGAAAAUGGAAGUGAAGUGGCCGCGAAUCAGAUAGCUGUUCCCAAUAUAAAUAAUCUGCCUGAAGACACUGAAUUCAUGAAUAAUGAAUUGGCAAAUGCAGUUUCAUUAUCUCAUAUAAAAAUAAAAUUCCUUGAUGACAGCGAGUCAGUUGUUAGUACAGCGUUAAAUAUUACAGUGGGAAAUUUUAAAAGACAUUUCUUUUGUAAAGAACUAUCAUCUGGCAAGGUAGUUCGUCUUAUUUUUCGAGGACAACUUCUUCAUGAUGAUUCGAAGUCGCUGUUAAAUUAUGGUUUAUUCGAUUAUUGUGUUGUACACUGUGUUAUUGGUGCACCAACAAGCUUAUCGACUUCGAUAUCCAAUUCGGCCUCGCUUGUUGAAGAGCCGAAUCUAGCUAAUCAUAAUGGUAUUUCAAUCGAAUCUGCUACUAGUGCAAUCGCUGCAAUAGCUGGUUCACAAUCAGUAGCAAAUGCCAGUUCUCAAGAAAUAGUUACUCGACAAAUUCAGCAAGCACAUCAUGAAGAACCAAUACGAUUGCGGAAUCAGUUUUUGCGAGGAUUUCGUGUAUUAUAUAAUGCAAUUUUGGGGCCUGAUCCGAACGAGGAAUUAGAGCUGAGUGACGAGAUAGUCGACCCAUUUCAUGAAGCGAUCAAUGAACAAACUUGGAAUCAAGAUCAAGAAUCACCAGAUUCAUUUAGUCAUUUGAUUGGUCAUUAUCUGUAUCUUAUAUUUAGUGAUAGGCGUAGAACGAACGAUCGAUCUAUGUUUGCAGUAGAACUCCAAGCAGCGGAAGGGAUCGAAUCCGACGUCUCAGCUCCGAUCUCAGCUAAAGCGAUACCACAACACUACUCGACAACGCAGCCGAAUAUUUACAAAUAA